AUGGCGGCGGCGGCGGCGGCGGGGUCCUCCAGGCGCGGGCCGAUGGACGACGACAAGCUCAGCUUCGAGACCUCGGCGGGGGUGGAGGUCGUGGGGAGCUUCGACGCGAUGGGCAUCCGCGAGGACCUUCUCCGCGGCAUCUACGGCUACGGCUUCGAGAAGCCCUCCGCCAUCCAGCAGCGCGCCGUCGUCCCCAUCAUCGCCGGCCGCGACGUCAUCGCCCAGGCCCAGUCCGGCACCGGCAAGACCUCCAUGGUCUCCCUCUCCGUCUGCCAGCUCGUCGACACCAACAUCCACGAGGUGCAAGCAUUGAUACUGUCACCAACUAGGGAACUUGCCACGCAAACAGAGAGGGUGAUGCAAGCUGUUGGGAACUACAUGAGUGUGUCUGUGCAUGCCUGUGUCGGUGGCAAAAGUAUCGGUGAGGAUAUUAGGAAGCUUGAGGCUGGAGUGCAUGUUGUUUCGGGAACCCCAGGCAGGGUAUGUGAUAUGAUCAAGAGAAGGACCUUGCGCACAAGAGCCAUCAAGCUGCUAGUCCUGGAUGAAGCCGAUGAGAUGUUGACCAGAGGUUUUAAGGAUCAGAUCUAUGAUGUCUACAGAUACCUCCCCCCAGAACUUCAGAUAACUAGCAAGUUCAUGACUGAUCCAGUCAGGAUCCUUGUAAAGCGUGAUGAGUUGACCCUAGAGGGCAUCAAACAAUUCUUUGUUGCUGUUGAGAAGGAGGAAUGGAAGUUUGAUACUCUGUGCGAUCUUUAUGAUACACUGACCAUCACUCAGGCUGUCAUUUUCUGCAAUACUAAGAGAAAGGUGGAUUGGCUUACUGAAAGGAUGCGCACCAACAACUUUACCGUAUCAGCUAUGCAUGGUGACAUGCCUCAGAAGGAAAGGGAUGCAAUCAUGAGUGAUUUCAGGAGUGGCACGACCCGUGUUCUGAUCACAACAGAUGUUUGGGCUCGAGGGCUGGAUGUUCAGCAGGUCUCUCUUGUCAUUAAUUAUGAUCUCCCGAAUAACCGUGAGCUUUACAUCCAUCGCAUCGGCCGCUCUGGGCGUUUUGGGCGCAAGGGUGUGGCGAUCAACUUUGUGCGCAAGGAUGACAUCCGUAUCCUGAGGGACAUUGAGCAGUACUACAGCACGCAGAUCGACGAGAUGCCGAUGAACGUCGCCGAUCUGAUCUGA